UAAGAGGCUCGAACCUGUCACUCUGACGAACUUCAAAGUCUGUACUCAAUCAAGAUGCCUUUACUUGAUGUCGGACAUGUGGGAUACAAUAGAAACGCUGGUCAAUUGGUAAAGCCAAAUUGCAUGGUAGCUGCCCCAAUGACCUGCAAUAAUCCUCGGCUACUAUCAUUAAUAGGCAAUUACAUACACGAUUACACUUUCCCUAGACUUCAUCUUUUUUUUCUUGCAUAACUCUGAUAUCCUCGACACUUUUCGGCAAGUAAAGACUUGAUAUUACAGAGGACAGUCAGUUGCUUUGUGUCAUGUUUUAUUGGGUGAUAUGUUAGGGAAGUCCAGUAUGUCAUUAACUUAAAUAAACCACGCACGGAAAAACGUUUUCCAGUGUCUCCAAAUUAAAACACCGCUUGUUGAUUCUGUGCACCAAGUUUACGCACAGCACGUGAACGCAGCAUCCACCUCUGGACGCGGACUCCGAACAUGGGGAGUUGAGUUUCAGCCAGAAACCACAGCUCCUGUAUGGGCUAUCGCACUCUCUCACACCCCCUCUGCUAUUUAUAAUGAUGACCAGCGAACUCUGAAAACAGUCUGGCGUUCUUAAAGAGAUCAACAAUGGGCACAGUGCAGAUCCCGUACUCUUGAUGUAAUGCUGCGAUAUAGUGCGUCGGGUAUGUCAAUGGUGAGUUGAGAGUAACUUCACCAGAUACUAUCACUCUAUCAGUUUGGAACUUCUAAAACCGUUGUGAUAUGUUUACACUCUUAUCAAAGUUAUAUUUCGUAUCUAAUUAUACGUUUUUAUAUGAAGUACUUUGUUUAGCAUAUUUUGAACACAGUUAUAUUAUGAUUAUGGGGAUAACAUCUAAUAGUUUGUAUUAUUCUAUGAUAUUCACAGGUUGUAUUUGUGGUGCUAAUUGUGCCAGAUUAUUUUUUCUGCAAAUAACUUUUAUGAAUGCCAAGAUUUUUUAUUUGAAAAUCUUAAAAAGACGGUUUAAAAAAUAAUUUUAGCGGAUGGAUUGAACACACGUUCAUAGACUGAACCUUUAUUAUUGCCAACUGGGCUGGGAUGCUGCAAUGGCGCCCUCUUGCGUUGAUACAGUAUGUUGCAAGGAGAUAGCAACACUGCAGUUUGUGCAGCCUGUAAUAUGUGAAAAGGGACAUUUCUGAGUCUGAUUUCUAAUGCCAUACGCUAGUUAUUUCACCACGCACCACUUAGCAAUGUUGUUACAGGAAAUUUGUAUAAAAAGCAUUCUAUUUAAAGUAACACGGAUGUGAAAAAUAACUUUGUAUCUGACACGUAGCAGUAUCACAGCAUAAGUAGACAAAAAAUGGUCCCAAUUAUGUUUGCAUACUUUAAAGAAGCUCUACGCGUAAUUCAUAAUAAAGUGCAUGUGGUUUCUGGCUCCUCCUGGCCUGGAAGGUUUUAUGGCCCAGUCGUGGGUGUGUAUGAGGAAGUGAAAUGUUGCUGGCCUUUUUACAAGUCAGGACUGGACUUUGCUUUUACUUUUAUUUUUUUGUAACACAUGAUGAAGCACAGCCUCAGACUGUCACAACAAAGAAGACACAUGAACUCUUCUCUGACGGCUGGAGUAGCUGUUGCUGCUCAACAGGAAAGAGACUGACUGCUGAAUCGAGACCUGUGGACCUUCUUGGGCUUUUUUUCUCUUGUCCGUCUGUAUUCUCUCACUCUUUUGGAGUGAAGGGAACUUUUGAUGGGAGAAAAGCUCCCAAGGGGGCCAGGAGGAGCCCGGCUCCGCAGUGACACUUCCAGUAGACCAGUGCAGACCCUCAGGGUGAAGAUGGUGCUUCUGGGAAGCUCUGGUGUGGGAAAGUCCAGCCUGGCACUGCGAUUUGCCACGGAUGAAUUCAGGAGUACAUCGCCCACUGUAGGCUGUGCCUAUCUGACCCGGGCGGUGCAUCUGAGUGAUGUCACUCUUCGCUUUGAGAUAUGGGACACGGCAGGGUCGGAGAAGUACCACAGUGUCACCCCACUUUACUACAGGGGGGCCCACGCUGCACUACUGGUCUAUGACGUCAGCCAGAGGGAAACCUUCGUCAGAGCUCAAGUGUGGCUCAAAGAGCUGGAGAAACAGUACAUCCCAGGAUCCACCGUCAUAUGGCUUGUAGGCAACAAGGUGGAUCGGGCGCAGGGUCGACAAGUCUCAGUGCAGGAAGGACGGAGUCUGGCCAAUGACAGGGGCUUAUUCUUUACAGAGACGUCAGCCCUGUCAGGGGAUCAGGUCAGCGAGCUGCUGUUCGCUGUAGCCCACAGAGUGCACGAGUGUACUGGAGCGCAGCAGGGAGGUCUGUCAGAGUGGAAGGAGACGCCACAUGUGGAUCUGCGUCGCAGAGACACAAUCACGCCUUUGGUGUCCUGUUGCAAAGUUGGACCCUAAACCUCUGCUCAGCUCUGUUUCUGUUGCUCUAAGUAACACACGGGCAGCGGCUGGUAUACAUAAAAACAUCUCAAAUAAAAAACAAAUGCUUGUAGAUGCUGAAUCUUUAGUUCUCUGACUGUUUGAUUGAUUGGAUUUCACAACACUGCAUUUGUUCCUGCAGUACGCCUCUUGGUGGAGAGUAACACAUAUUCAGGUGGUUUUAAUUCAGGCUAAAAGCGGCUCACCAUGCAGGAUACGUCCUUGUGUUCCACGUGUCGGACUGCUUUUCAACGGGUUUAGGACCAACCCCCUCAGUCUCUGUCCAUGCCAGAUGUUGGACUGAUUCCGAUUAUCCUCAUUCAAGGUCUGUUGCUUGUGAUCAAACUGAAACCCGAGAACAGUUCCAUUGUGUGUGGUUGCCACGUUUCCCUUUUCAAGUUCAACAAACAUAAUAAUAAAAAAACAAUUUGAACAGUACAAAUUCUGAAAGUAUUUCCACUAUGCACUUCUGCUGGUCUGAUUUGGGAAUUAUGGUGGGGGAGUAGAAGUACUGUGAGUGAUACAUACAUUUGUGAUACAUACAUUUGUGAUACAUACUUUCAUAGUAAAUAAAGAACUCCAAAAUGCCUAAAUUAUUCAAUAUUUUUAAUAGACGUACCCCUUUGUCUUAGUGUCGGUUAAGUUCAAGAAAAAAUAGAGUCUGCCUAUAUCUGUCUAGACCCGAACUGAAGUAAAACCAAAUGUCAUAACUCA